AUGGAGCUCCCUACCCUCAAAAUCACAUUCCCAUUUGAACCUGGUGAGCCGUACGACAAUGAGGAGAGAUUCGCCUUCUGGGACUCCCCCGAUACCAUCCAGUGGUUCAAGCUUAAAGGAUACCAUCUAUAUCGACGGAUAUAUCUUGGUUGGGAUCCGGAAGGAUUGGAACUAGAACCAACCGAAACUAUGGGGCCCACCUUGCCUCCGGACUCAAAUGAAGAAUUUAUAGAGGCUGAGUAUCCCUAUGCAUACCACGAUAUGACUACUACAGAUGCUCCAGAUGAAAAGUACAACGUUCCCUUGCGUGUGAUAGAAUCAACUGGUAAAGUCGUGUUCGCUCAGGAUUCCUGUAAAAGACACGUUGCAAUCAAACUUGUACGCGACGACACGGACGAAUACCGUAUUCUACGGUUUUUGAGUCAGCAAGACCAGAAAGCACUGAGGGACAACUGCAUCCUGCCUGUUUUGGACCUUCUACCUAUCGAAGGAUUUUGGUUUGCAAUCAUGCCGAGAUGGGGAACAGAUAUCUACGAACCUGCGCCCGGAGUUUUAAGAGAGGUUGUUGAUAUCAUGCAUUCAUGGUUAAAGGACAUUAAUAGGAGUAAUAUUCUUUUAAAUCAUUUUUCGGACGCCUACCUUUCAUGCAAGCGGCGUGAAGGUCUUCGCCACGGCGGAAAAAUUCUGUACGGCCUCUAUGACUACGACUUCUCCGUUAUGCUACCAGCUGGAGUCGACCGACGGGAUUUCCGACUUCCCUAUGAUAGAUCUUGGGGAACGUUCAAUAUUGUCUACGACACCGCCGGGGGAGAAUGUGAUUAUGACCCAUUCGCGUUUGAUGUUGGGAUCCUAGGCGCAACCCUUUGCAAAUAUCAUCAGCAUCUGGCACCUGUACUUCCGCUUUUGGCCCCGUUACUUGAUAAAAUGACAACUUGGGACAUCAUCAAUCGUUUCACAGCAUCCGAAGCCCUGCAAUUUUUUGAAGAGAGACUGGCAGAGUUCCCAGAACAACUUCUUGAAGUCGGCAUACCCGAAGAAAUGAUUACUGGAAAAUAUACGACAUGCAAUAGAUGGGAGAACAUUCCCUGCAAGGUGGUGGAAAAAUGGAAAUGUUACAAGACUCCGCCUGUUUCCUGGAGGCUAAGGAUACUCCGUGCUUUAUACCGUCUCACAGCUAGUAGGUUUCCCCACCUCAUGCCCAAAACAUGCUUGUUCUUUAUCCGUACCAAAUCGUUGAUCUCCCAUGCUUACCGGUCAAUAUUCCCUUCCAAGAUUGCAAUCUGA